AUGGCCCUCCACAUGGCCGCAAUGGAGGGCCACCGCGACGUGCUGCAGCUCCUGGUCGAGGCCAACGCCGCGGUCGACGCCGGGAACUACCACGGUUGGACGGCCCUCAUCUUUGCCGCGAGCAAGGGCCACGACGGAGCGGUGCAGCUGCUCCUCGGGGCCAAGGCCGACGCGGCGAACGAGAACGGCGCCACGGCCCUCAGUUUGGCCGCGGGCAACGGCCACGACGGAGCGGUGCAGCUGCUCCUCGGGGCCAAGGCCGACGUCGCGGCGGCGUACGAGAACGGCGACACGGCACUUCACCGUGCCGCCUUCUACGGCCAAGUGCAGUGCGUGGUGCCGCUGGUGGCGGCUGGGGCAUCGCUGGAUGCCAAGAAUAAGAAAGGUCAAACACCUUUAAUGCUCGCUUUAAAGAUGAAAAAAAUUGAUGCGGCAGCAGCACUGAAGCGGGCUGCUGGCCCAUGUUCUUCACAACAGAUCGCCGCUGGGUCAAGUACUCACCGUGCUUUGCCUCCUGCAGAGAGGCAAAAAGAGGCAGCGCCAACUUCUGGAGCAGAACCGCCAGCCGAACGUGCAACCCCCAGCGCUGUGAAGGCUGCUGGAGCUUCGCAAGGAUAUUCUGCGCCGGCCAAGGCUUCUCCGACACCCCCUUCACCCUCCAGUCCUGCAGAAGAUGCUGACAAAGAUCAGCGUGAGAAAGAGGGUUUAGAUGAGGCAGACGCCAGCAAGACUAAAGAUGAAUUCCCGUACGACAAGUUGGCUGAAGAUGCCUUGUUUCUGAUAUCUGGCACAACCAGCCUGGAUGCUGGCACUCUCCGAAGGAUUAAUCAGGAAAAGAAGAAGAUUGGCGAGCCCGAGCUAUCAACUGGAACAAAUGCACAAGAAUUGCUCAAUGAGCUGGAGGAGGAGGGCUUUGGCGUCUUUGGAUGUGGCGUGGGCGAGGAAGGCGCCCCAUUGUAUCGAAGAAUCGAGGCAAAUGUGGGCCUACUCAAGUACAAUCCUUCCAAACCACUCAUCAACGAUCAGGAUCUUCGCCUGAAGCGUGGACUGGGCAAGGACCGAUGGUUGAUCCAGUACAAGCACUAUUCAGAAAAGACCAAAUAUGGUGUCCUAAUUCUAGCAGGCACGGUGGAUUUCUUUCGUUUAUGGGCGGCCUCCGAAGCUUGCCGCAGGGAAGUCGAGGACGUUCCGGAUGGGCGCCUCUUUGCGUACAUCGACAGUUGCAUCAUCCGUGUUAACUCACCGAAGUUUGCCAAGCUUUGGGCCUCCAAUGUAGCUGGUCCUGGCUACAUCGUGCACUCCAGCGGAGAGAUCUACAGUGGGUCUCUGAAGAACUCGAGACAGCAUGGUCCUGGCAAGCAGUUCUACCAGAAUGGCGACAUUUUCGAUGGAUACUUUCAAGCAGGGCAGAUGCACGGCAACAAUUGCAAAUAUAGCUAUGAGACCGGCGAUCGAUUGGAAGGCACCUGGGCAGACGGUCAAGCCGUCCUUGCCGAGUGCAAGUAUGUUUUUCAAGAUGGAAAGCAGUUUGAAGGCAAAUGGCCAGAGGCACACAUGGAUGCAAAACGCGUUCAGGAAUAUGUUUCCAGCUGCAGUUGA